AUGGUCCAACUGGGUUGUUCCUCCCAGAGUUAAGUUAAUUCUGUCUUUCUGCACACGUAUUGCCCCCUCCUCCCGCUGAAUCCUGUUGAAAUGAGUUGCUGACUCUAAUCGCAGGAUAGCUGGGGAGGAGGAGAAGGGGGGUUGGUAGUGAGAGAGUGGCUGAAAGGCUUGGCUACAACCCCAGUAACACAAAGCUCCGUUUGUUGCUGUGGCUUCGCAAACCCAGCCAGAUUGAGUGGGGGAAUCUGGCCGCUCACAACCAGACGCCUCAGCUGCCGACUCGCAUCCCUUCACAAAGGCGGUGUGAAGGAUGAAGAGAUUCUUUGUUCUAAUGCUUCUGAGCUUCUUGCUCACUGCCCAAGCCAUGCCCUCCAACCGCAUGUCGUGCUACAAAAAGAUGCUGAGGGGUCGAAGCUGCCAUAAUAUUCCCCAGGGGACUGAUCACUUGCGCCCCAUUGACCAGGGUCUGGCGGACCACUUCUGGGAUGGAGAUAGUUGCGAGGUGGUCUGCUAUUGCAAUUUUCGGGAGUUGCUCUGCUGCCCCAAGGACAUUUUCUUUGGACCAAAAAUGUCUUUUGUGAUUCCUUGCAACUAACAAAACAAGGAGAUUCAACGGCAGCAAGAAAACUGAUGACCAUCUAGAAUCAGGGAGGAAUAACUGCAUCCCAGUACAGUAUACAUAUUGUUUUCUUGAACAUGUGUACAAUAUAAUUAAUGCCACACAAUAUAAUGGAUAGAAACUUAAUUAUUUUCUAUGUCUGUUGACUUCAUUUAUACAACGUAAACAAAUAUAUACACAUUCUUAUGGAUGUUUAUUUCAGUUAAUCGUACAAAUCUUCAUCUACCUUUUAUGACAAAUUAUUGGACACAUCAGUCGUAUUUUAAAAGUAUAAUUUUUCACUAAAAACCUCAAUGCCCUUAAAAGACUGAUCUUCAUCUACAUCUCAUUCAUUAUGAUAAUAAUGAAUUAUAUGGAAUUUAGAAAUUUACAGGACAGAUGGUCAUUUGGUCCAUCAUGUCCUUACUAGCCCAAAAAGGCACAUGGGCUAUUUCCAGCUAACAGAAUGUAGAAGAGUGCAGCACAUGAGCAGGCACCUUCAGCCCACAAUGUCCAUGCUGAACAUGAUGCCAAGUUACAUUGAUCUCCUGUAAGUCAUAUGGGGCACAUACAGGAGAUGUGCCCCAUAUUCCUCCAUUCCCAUCUUAGACCACCUCUUUGUGUCACAAUUUUUCAAAUGGAAGGGUUGCUGAGAGAGGAUUACAUGGCUCGCCAGGGGUGGCGUCGACAGGUCCGUCCGCUCUAACCAAAAUCCCAUAUUAAAGGGGUCCAUUAAAACAAGGGCUUACUAUAUUUGUACAUCAGUAUUACCACAUUCUAAUGUUGUACACUAUUAUUAAUGUCAGCUAAUGUACUUAUUUUAAUGUAAUCUUUCAAGUAACCUAUACAUUCUGAUAUUAAAAUGUUUUAAACGCAGCCUUUAAGCAUAACAGAUACCAUUUACCAUCAAAUGCUAAACAUUUUCUUACUAUAUAAUAGGUUUGGUAUUGUAAUGGUUUUAUGAUUUAAUAAAAUUUCUGAAUACAUUUCAA